ACAGGUGGAUCUGAUCAGUGCAUCAUUAGCCAAGGAAUCUAGCAGCCUUUCUGCGCAUGCGCCGGAUGCAGAAGGAGCGGGGCUACAGCACAGAGACCGGCACAAGUAGGAAAGUAGAGCAGAGAGAGAGCAGACAAACUAAAGAAUAACAUAAGUGCGGAAGGAAUAGCAAGAAGAGGGGAGAUAAAGGAGUGUGGCUGAUGGAGAUAAAGGUGCACUGUGCAGGCGGAGCCGUUUAGAAGGAUUAAGAAGGAGAAGCUGUCGCUGCAGAGCUCUGUAUGGGAUCCUGACACUUCACAAGAGAUCAGAGUUUGGGGCAUCCUGAUGAAGCUCGGGCACAGGGCUGUACCCACAGAGGGGAGAGCAAGGACACUGGAAGGGGACCAAGCACCAAGCCAGACAGUCGGGGUGUAGACCCAAGCUCAGGAAGGAGUGUUUUUACACUCCAGGAAAUGUUGAUCAGUAUGAAGAUGGGAACCAAAGAUGUCAGCCUCUGCGAAGAGUUUCCUACCCAACACAAUGGCCUCCAAGCUCAAGAACCUUCCAUUCCGGUAAAGAUUCCAGCACCUCCACCCCCACCACCCCCUAAUCUGAAUAACUCUAUGAUACCUGGCAGCCCAAUCUUAAGGUUUGACACCAAGCAACGGUCACGUUUACGCAACUUCAAUUGGGAGGCCAUCCCUCCUGAAAAAGUGAAGGGCAAGCCCAGCCUCUGGAGCUCAGAGCUUUUCCAUGAAGAUCUGCAGAUUGACACAAGAAGGAUGGAGGAGCUUUUUGGGAAACCAGAAGAAGACAAAAAGAGAAAUUCUUUAUUUGUACGCAGGACCAUGUCAUUAGGGGAUUCACACUUGAAUAAGGUUUUUCUGCUCGAUUCCCGGAGAAGCAUGAAUAUUAGUAUUUUCCUGAAACAGUUUAAAAGGUCAGCUGAGCAAAUAGUGGAAGAUCUAAGGAAGGGUAAGGCCGAUGAAUACAGCUCAGAGAAACUCUCAGAGCUCGUGAAGCAGUUGCCAGAAAGGGAUGAGAUAAAACGCCUCCAAUCAUUUAAGGGAGACAAAAGCAGGCUGAGUGAAGCAGACCUCUUCAUGCUGUUAUUGUUGGAGCUUCCAAGCUACGCCUUGAGACUAGAAGGACUGAUUUUGAAGAAGGAUUUCCAUGCCACCCUCGUGUCUCAGCUCUCCACUGCCCGAGAACUAAAAGGUGCUGCAGAAGAGCUACUGCAAUGCUCAGAACUGCACUCCAUUCUCAAGCUGGUACUGAAGGCUGGAAACUUUAUGAAUGCUGGUGGAUAUGCUGGGAAUGCAGUCGGCUUUCGGAUUUCAUCUCUCCUCAAACUCGCAGAAACAAAAGCCAACAAGCCUGGGAUGAACUUGCUCCACUUUGUAGUCAUGGAGGUACAGAGCAAGAAUGCAGGCCUGCUUUCUUUCACCGACAGAUUGGAGCAUGUCAGCAGUGCUAGCAGGCUUUCUGAAGUCGGGUUGUUAGAGGAGUUUAACAAACUACAGUCCAGGGUCACUUCUAUGCGUCAGGCUUUGAAGGCCUCCGAACAGAAAGAUCUGAGGGAACAGAUGGACAAGUUUAUAGAGUAUGCAGAAGAACAGCUAUGUGAAGUUCAGAAGGAGAUCAAGGCUUUACAGAAGGCAAGGCAGCAACUGGUGGAAUUUCUUUGUGAGGAGGAAGUCUCGUUCAGCUUGGAGGAAUGCUGUAAAGUUUUUAGCUGCUUUUGUCAGAAAUUUCAAUUGGCCAUAAAGGAAAAUCAAGACCGUGAGCGGGAAGAUAAACGACGCCAACAAUGGGAGAAAGAACGCUUACAAAAAAGGCUUUCUGUGGCUACCUAUAGUUCAUCAGACAAUCGGCCAGUCGGGGAUGACCUGGAACACACCUUGGAGAGAAAUCUACGUAGUUUAACUAGAUCUCCUAGUCUACGCUUGUGCAGGAUGCGCUCUUCGGGGUCAUUCUCUCCAACCAGCACAAUUCCUGAACUAUUUCAGAAAGACAAGACCCAGGAUGGCUGGGAUCAGAAGAAUGCUAACCAAAUGCGGGAAGUAUCUGAGCGACUGCUGAAGCAGCAGAUGGAAUAUAAAGCAUGUAAAAACGUUCAUAUUUUAAAUACUACAAUUCAUAUGAAUACAGAAACCACAGGCCAGGCACUAGCUACAUCCCAGACUCCUGCCACAAGUCAACAUCAGUGGCUUGGAAAGUCUGGUCAUACAUCCAGUCCUUUAAAAGAGGAGCCUGUUUCUGAAAUUCUCAAACCACCAAUAGAACAUCAGGAACUUGAAAAACAAGCAACUUUACCCAUAUUUACAGCUGAGACAUGCGUAGAGUGCCAGUCUAAAUUGGAAAAACCUACAAAGUGCAUGACACUACCUAAACUCAUGCCUAACUGGUUACAACCGAAGACUCUAGACUGUAGACUAGAGUCUACAAAUGAAUCAAGUUCCCCGCCUACACAUGAAACGGCCAUACAAUCUGACCUUCUACAUCCGCAUUCAAAACCAGCAAUAGCUAUGCCUGAGAUAAACACAAUGGAAACCUUAGAGAAGCUUAGAUCUCAGGAAAUACCUGGUGUUUCCCACACCCAGCCACAAACAGAAAGCCCAAGGCAAUGCCAACCUAAAUCAGAUACCAACACAUUAAUAAAUGGAAUUAAAUAUGAGAAGCAAAACCAAACAUUAAUCCAGGAUUCACAAGAGCCUUCCUGCCAACCAUCUUUAGAAACUGUUAACACCAAAGAAUCACUACCCAGUAGUCCAAUCGAACCUCUUAAGCUGUCCUUAGCCCAGAUUGUGCCUGCUACCCAAAGCCAGUCCCACUCAGAGAGUGCAAGUGAAGCCUGUAGGCAGUCUCCAUCCAAUAAAGAACCCACAAUCUUCUCACAAGAAAACUGUGAGAGUCCAAAUGAAGCAAAAAGUAAUGCAUUGAUUCCGCCUGAAUUGCUAAAUAAAAGACCAUUGCUAUGGCAGAAUGGAAUGGACACUUCAAUACAAUUCAAACCUGUGCCUGCAAACCGCAGAAGAUCAAUACCACAAAGCACAACUGAGUCUCCAAGACUGCCUGUGUCUCGGAGACAAUCUGUCCCGCAGAGUGCUUCUGAGAGGACACGGCAAUCAACCAUCACGCUUGCACCAGAUCUUUCUACUACCAUACUGUCUCAGCCAGCAUCUAAGAUAUCCAGUCAAUCUCAGCAUGGAAAAAAGACAGAUUCUCUUAAGAAAACACUGUCUCAGUCUGGACUAAGGGAGAAGAACAAAUCAAUAGUGCACCCUGUAAUGCAGCAAAAUUCACUCCACCAAACUAAGCCUGAGCUCAUUGGAGAAUCACAUGUCCAAUAUGAGUCUGAUUGCCCUGAACCAUCGUGUAAGCAAUCUGAGCUUGAGACUCGUGGACAAUCUGCAGCUCAUGCAGAGCUUGAGACUGCUGAGGAACCUAUUCAACUUGAUACUGAAACUCCCAAGCAAUUGUUAGAACAGCCCUUAACAAGAAAUGUUAAACAGACACAAUGCCAACCCAUGGCAAAAGUUCUGAAGCAAUUAAUAGGGAAACCUACACAAAAGAUAUCAAAGCAAUCCCAAGCUCAGCCUGGAGUGCAGAAGUCUCAUCCUGCAGCAGAAACUGCCAACCAAUCCAUAGCUCGUUCCAAACCCGAGAGUAUCCGAUAUACACUAAUUCGGACAAGCUCUGUCAACACCCGGACAACAGUGAUGGAAUCCUUGUCAAACAAACAACAGGGUAAGCUAACAAAAGCCCUGCAUUCAACAACACAAGAGAAGAUGACCGAGCCGCAGAAUGAGACCUCCAAAACUGUAAAGCCAAAAGACCCUGAAAACAAACCAUUAGCAAAAGGCCAAAAGUCUAUUCAUACUAUAGGUAAAAGGGAAACCCCUAACCCUUGCUCAAAAUGGAAAAGAGAGCUUCACAGUACCCCUGAUAGAGGGGGUGGUGGAAAAGUAGAAAACAUUGGUGCAGCAACAGGAGGUAAUAAUGCUGAGCACAAGAGGGAAGAUAAUCUGAGAAAUGUUUCAAUUGGCAGGAGUGGAAGCCCCAUUGCAAAAACUGUAAAAAGUAGCGAUCUAGGACUUGGAAUGAAAAGAGUCUCUGCACAAAAAGAUGGAGCCCCAGUUCACUUGCAGGGACCUGGUGGUAUGAAACAAACCACAUCCUCCCCCAAACUGACUCACAAAGAGUCCAGGGACAUCAAGUCUCCUAACAGAACUUCUUCACCUAGUCCUGGGUCAGGGAAAAUGACACAUGACAAGGUCACGUGGAGUCCUAAGGAGAAAAAUGACAUGGCACAUGUAUAUAGUAAUGAUGGUGCUAAAGUGUCUGAACGCAAAUACAGAUCUUUUUUAACAUCAAAAUCAUAUAUUCCAGCCCCACAAAAAUCUUUACAGCUGCCGUGGCAUAGCUUGGAGCCUGCUAGAGAAUCUGUUUGGAUGCCCCAUGUUGGGCCUAGUAGAACAAAUGCUGUGGCCCGUAUGGCUUUCCGUGUUAUAAGGCAGGAGUUCAGCACCUCAAUACAUCGUGGGCUGAGGAGCCAGCACCUAGACAAUCUCCCAAUAUGGAGGUGAGAGGCUGCUUCUAUAAGGACAUUGCUGUUGAUGCCAAGCUGUUUACAUAUAUAGGCUUCAUUGUGGCACUUUUUCUUCAAGUGUUGAUGGGAAAAAAAGAGACCAUGAAAUCAGAGACUUAACUUGGUUUUAUGAAAGAUGUACCAGAUAUUUGUAUAUGCAAUGAGUUCCAGUAAUUCGCCAGGAUGCACUUCUGCUAGGAUGGUGCUUUGGUGGUGUACUGUUCAUUACAACUUGUGUAUCAAGGGGACUCUAUACUCCAAACUGAGGUUUUAUACAUGUAAAACAGGGACACCAGCUGCAAUAGCCUUUCAAAGAAUUUUAAGAUGGAUUACAUGUUACCGCUGUUUGGUACUUAACUGUGGAACAAUUACUGGGCAAAGUGGCAAAUAUACCCACGUAUGAAAAGCGGUUCCCAACCAUAAAACUAUUUAUUUGUUUGCAACAAUGUCUGUGUAUUAGUGGUGCAUAUAUGUCUUAUAAUUGGAGGGGGAAAAAGCAGCCCACACAAGCCUUAUUAAAGCCUUUUGCAAAGAAUGACAAUCAUGACAAGAUGGAAGCCAUGCCCCCUGUAAUAUUUAUACAAGUAUGAAAUGACUGUAAGCAAUGUUCUGUUUUCCCUUUUAACAGCAAAGGGGGAAGUUGGACAAAAUGCAGAUAGUGAACAUUCGACACUUCAACUGAUGAAUAAAUACUUUUCACAGCAUCCCACUGCCUUUUUGCUGUUGGUGGAUGUUUAUAUAUUAUCGUCCAAUAACUGAAGCACCAAAAGAUGCCUGUCUCUGGGAUUGGAGAAAGCUCUAUUAUUGCUUAGUAGCAACAUCUACCUCCCCCAGUCUAUACCCCUGCAGAGAAAACAGCCCAGGUAGUGCUGAAUGGCAAGCAAUGUCAUUUAAAGCAUUUAUAUGUAAAUAUAUAUGUGUUUGUGUGUGUGUAUAUAUAUUUGUUCCUAUUUAAAAUGUAACCGGGUAGAUGAUGCUAUUUAUUGAGAUGUUCUGCACAUGGAUUUUUUUUUUUUUUUGCAUAGUAUUAGUUGUUGUUCCUUCAGUGUAUAAAGUCAAUCAAAUUUGGAGCUUAUAUGCAAGUAUAUACCGAUGGUAACUGUGUUCAUGUUGCCAGCUUUAUCCUCCGAGUACGAAUCCUAAUGCUGAGGUGUUAAACAUGGAAAGCUGUUUGUAACCUAUUUAUAUAAGAACUUACAUUAAAGGCAAGGUAUAUUAAA